CGAUACGACCUUAUAUGUUGGUGCACCGGCAUCGGCAUCGGCAUCGGCAUCGGCAUCGGCAGAUACGGAUACCGGUAUUUGCUGGCAAGCUUUUCUCACUGUUUUCUUUUCGACAAGGUUAUCUUCCUCAAAAAUUUAGUGAGGAACCUCUGAACUCUCUGGUCUCUGCUACAUUAAAGAAAGAAAAGCUAUGAAAGAUCUCAAAGUUUGAUAAAAUUGAAAAAAAUGGCCGCCAUUCCUGCGUCUAAAUUGAUCAGCUCCAACAUCUCACCAUUGCUGCCCUCUACAAAUCCUGCGGAUGCUCUCCAGUUCACUACUUUUUGCUCCUUCCGUUUCUCGAAAUUCACAGGGUAUCCUCAAACUCUAGCUCCUUCCAGAAGGAAACUCCGGGUUUUCUCAAAAUCUUUUGAGACAGAGCUGUCACCCGCAGAAGAAGAAUGGCUUAAAAAGCUUCCCGAGAAAAAGAAACCCUUGUAUUCUCACAGUCUUCCUUGCAUAGAGGCUUGGCUGAAGAAAUUAGGAUUCUAUCAGAGUAAAGAAGAUCGAACCGUUUGGUUAAUAGAAAAGCUUGAUUGGCAUGCUCAGUUAUCUCUUCAUGUCACCGAUCUUUAUAUAAGGUACCUGAAGAGUGGACCUGGAAAUCUAGAGAAGGAUGUGGAGAGGAGAUUCAGUUAUGCUCUGAGUAGGGAAGACAUCGAGAAUGCAAUACUUGGAGGACCUUAAAAAAUUCUACACUUUCUUAUCACUUCAUGUAGAAACUUUCUUAUCACUUGCUGUAGAAACUGUGAUAGUUGGUCUAAAUCCAAUGUUGGUUAGUGUUCUGUCACCACCAUAUCUUUUUUUUUUUUUUUUUUUUUUUUUUUUCUGUUCACAGCUGACAGAGAUGUUUUUACUUGUUCAAUGUGUAUUAAUGAGGCACAAUUACCUUAAUUAUCUCACUAAUUCAUGUUAAUUUAAUUUCUUUCAUGUUUGUCAUCUUUGGUUGUUGUACUCAAUGAUCACCCAAGGAAACAGAUUUUUUUAUAAUA